CGUCCCUCGUGUCUCCAACCCCUCGUAUGCCCGUCUAAUCGUAGGUGAUGAAGCAGUAUCGGUCACAGCCCAUCCAUCCUAGGUACAGCUACUGCACGACCCGAUAACAGGUUGACGCAAUCUGAGACUGGACACGCUGCGGCAGUCCUGCCCCAAUGAGAACCCUCCUGGUAUCGGGCGGGUAGUUGUGAUGGAUUGAGUUGCCUCUUACCUGUGUUCCAUACCCUGCAAUGAUCAGUAUGUUGAGCUUCUCGAUGCGUUGCUUGACUGCCGCCUCGUUGACAUCUAUUUCGGACGCCCCCUACCACGGUUUGGUGUAGCUGUCCUCAAGCCGGAAUGGUGGAUCUUCUUACCAUGAUGGCUUCACUCACUAUGAAGCCAUCAAGCCAAGUAUCGCUCCCUGACCUUCCCGAUGAUAUGUUCCUUCUGGUAUUGAGAGAUCUGGCCGCAUGGGACGUUGUCAGUUGCCAACAAGUGUCCCAAUCAUGGCGCGCCGCGUUCACCAAGCCCGAAUAUAUCCGCCGGGUUCUGCAACGCUACCCGCGAGCUAGAGAAGUUCGAGAACUGCCAGCAUGGGCACUGGAGUUUCGCUCUCCACAAAGCGGCAAGGUAGAUUGGCAACGGAUCCUCAUGACGGUUGCAUCACGAUACCGCGGCCUUACCAGGGGCACGGCCACAAGGGUUUGUAGAUACCCGAUGGCCGCGGUGGAACAGUUAGGCGAUUGGUUCCCGGUCGGACAAUGGGACUACCACGAAAGCCAACCUGGAGGUCGCUUGUAUUAUGAGACCGCUGCCAUGCAUCUCAGUAGGAUUGGCUCAAAACCCUUUCUCUUCAGGCCUACCUUGUGGUCAUACGACGAUGGUCUGCUGGUGUACGCGCCUGUUCAAGCUGGUAAGGACCGAUACACGGCGUUUCCCCAGAUCCUGGCUCUCUUGGACGUUGCGACAGGUGAGAAGUAUCCCGUCCCGUUCGACAUUCGGGGCAAAAUUAUUCGCACCCUGCGUCUCAAGGACCGGACGUUGAUCGUGGAAUGGGCGGAGAAGGAUCCCUUCCACAACCUCAAUGCAAUGGAGCAAGUCAAUCGUCAUUUUGCGAAUUGCUUUGAUGUCUGUCCUGGAGAAGAAGGGACAUGGACCGUGACAUGGCGCUCCGAAUGGAAGAUGCACUUCCUGGGCUUACCGCCCAAUUACCACGACCGUUUCUUUUCCACCCAUAACUCCACUCACUACGCGGUGUAUUUCUGGCAACCCAAUCGAAGCAUGUACACCGGUGAUGAGGAGAUGCCAAUCGAGUCGCUCUCGGUCUGGGAUAUCACGGCUCGCUCAUCAUACCAACCGUCAGCUGACCCGUCGGGAAAAUCGCGGCCGCCGGACCAAGAAGGCCCGCAUAUUGUCUCGCGAUUUUCAUUUACGGACAUGGAUUUCCUCGGUAUAAGGCAACACGCGAAUGUGGCGCUAAUGUCGCUUCAUCUCGAUUCCGAAUCCCUAUCACUCACCGUACGAGAAAACGCUGCGGUGGCAGGACAGGGGUAUUUCGACCCAGCUGAGAGGUUAUGGUGUGCCAAAACGACAACAUUUCCCUUCUUAGGCCAGGGUCCUCGAUUAUAUCGGGAAUGGGACGGCAAUCUUCCUCCAUACCGCGGUCAUUGUAGUAUGGAGACCGCUGAUGUCGAGGAAAGUGAACGUUGGUUUCUGCCCGUCAUGGACGUGGUCGAUGCCGAUGCUGGCAUCAGACUGAGUUUGGUCGAAACCUGUCUCUCGGGACAGAGCAUACUGAACCAGCUGGUUGUAAGGAUCAAGACAGGGGGUGCGGGUGAGGAGAGCGAGGGAGGCGCUGCUGAGGCGAAAGUUGUGGCGCUCGAAGGUCGCUUGACUAAAGAAGUAGGCCCGAUGGGACGGAUUGCUGGUGAUGAGAGAUGGAUAAUCGGGCAGAACGAACGGAUGGAGCUUGUCGUGUUGAAGUUUUGAACAUGUACGUUGUACUUGUGUUUGCUAAUUGUGUCACAACUCCGAGUCUGGUGUUGAACUUGGAAUUUUGCAAAUAUCCAUAAAAUAAUCCUAACAGUCAGCCAUACCAAGAGAUUGCGGUGUUGAAAUUUUGAAACAUGUACCCGCGUCUGCUAAUCCUA